AUGAAAAUUACCCUUGGGGUUGUCUGCUUGCUCGUAUUUACCGUUCAAGCUCAAAAUUUAACCAAAAAUGUCUUAUGGGUCGUCCUUGAUUCCGACGAAAUUGACAAAUUUGAUAAUGAGUCGUUUCCUGUUAAAGGAUUUUAUGAAAAUUGUGAAAAUUGCACCUGCGAUAAAUUUUUCAGGGACAAUGUCAAUGAUUUGUUGAAUUGGGCGGAACUUAAGAAGAUUAAUAUUGGCACGGUGUCGAAAGGAUACUUUCAGCAAGCGGGAAUUAAAAGUAACAGCAGGAUUAUCCGAGGUGAUGAACUCGAGAAUGGACUUUGGAAUAUGAUUGAUUUUUUUAUGAAGAAAUUUUUUUCUUUUGAUGGAAUGAACUUUGGUGAUGAUGUCAGAGGAAAGAAGGAUAUUUUUGUCAAGACUUUACGUGAUUUAGAGGCACUCAAUCGGAGAUUUUUAAUGAUUGCUGUUAUGACGGAUUUAAAUGAGUUGAAUAAAUUACUCCAACAAGUAAAGGACGAAACAAUAAUAAUAACCGGAGCAUGCAAAACAAAGAGCCCGUAUUUCUCAACAGAAAAUCAAAAGUUAUUCGAAAGUAUAAAGUUAAUUUACGAAAUUCCUCAUGUGGUUAGAUCAAUUUUAGAUAAUUGCACCGGACUUUGUAAUAAUACACUCUCAAGAGUUAAAAAACGCGUCAUACGCUCUAAUGAUGACGAGAUUAUACAAUACGAUAAACUCGACGAGGAACCUGAAGUGCAACCCGAAGAAGUCCCUGAAGAUGGCCCUGAAGAGGAAAAUCGUGAGCCUCGAAAUUCGUCAUCGAAUAUGACAAAAAAUUUGAUCAUAAUAAUCGAAUUUAUUUUGUCAAUAACUCUUGCGAUGUUGCUUAUACAACCGACCGAAGAGAUGUCGAAGCUCAUACGCGCUGAGCUGAACGAGAAUGUCGCAACUCGAGAUCAGGAUUUGGAGCACAUCAAAGAGUGGUUGAAAAAACAACCUCAUUUACCUGACACUUUCGAUGAUCAACGGUUGAUGACUUUUUUACGAGGCAGUAAAUUUUCAUUAGAAAAAUGCAAAACAAAACUCGACAUGUAUUUUACAAUGCGAGGAGCUGCUCCGGAAUUUUUUGCAAACCGUGACAUAACGAGACCUGAAAUGCAAGAAAUAUUAAAGCAUGUGCAAAUCCCGCCAUUGCCAGGCCUGACAAAAAAUGGCCGCCGCGUGAUAAUAAUGCGCGGAACCAACAAAGACAUUCCGACGCCAAACGUCGCCGAGGCGAUGAAACUAGUGAUGAUGAUCGGCGACGUAAGAUUGUUAGAAGAGCUAGUAGGUGUCGCUGGCGACGUUUACAUCCUCGACGCUUCAGUCGUCUCACCGGCUCACUUCUCAAAAUUCACGCCCGACUUGGUAAAAAAAUUCCUAACCUGCGUCCAAGAAGCCUACCCGGUUAAGCUCAAGGAGAUCCACGUGGUGAACGUCAGCGCCCUCGUCGACAAAAUAGUCCAAUUCGUUAAGCCGUUCCUCAAGGAGAAAAUACGGAACCGCAUCCACAUGCACAGCAAUAUGGAGACGCUCUACGAGUUUAUCCCCAGAGAAAUCCUCCCGGAGGAAUAUGGCGGCAAAGCAGGGCCCAUAAAGGCCAUCAACGACACCUGGAUCAAGAAGCUAGAAGAUUAUGGGCCCUGGUUCAAGGAACAGGAGGCUGUUAAGUCCAACGAGGCGUACCGAAUUGGAAGACCCAAGACUUCUGAUGAACUCUUUGGAAUUGAUGGGUCAUUCCGGCAAUUGUCUUUUGAUUAA